UUUGCGCGGUAUCAAGUAUCUCAAAUACAAUUAAGUGAAAAAAAUUAAUUUACAUAAAAAAAAUCUUUUUUUGUUUAGUACAAAAUGUCGUAAGCGAAACUUACGAUCUUAAAAGUGUAAACCAAAGUAAAAAAGUGUGGCUAACAUACCAAAGAUAACGCACAAACACAAAACAAAACAUAACUUAAGAAAAAAUAAUAUACCAAAAUGUUUGAUAUAUCACCAAAAUGUCCAGCUUUGGCUAGUAAACUAAGCGGCAUAUUUGGUUGGCGUCAUACAUACAAAGUAUCCGAAAAGCAUGAAGGGAUUACGCAUGCAUAUCUUCAGAAAUCGUAUUCAUUGACACUACCUCCCAAGCGUCCACCAUCGCCGUAUUUAUUUGCUAAGGAACCAGAUUCUUGGGUAGCUGUACAUCAUUUACAAACACAGUCCGGUAUACUCGAUCCAGACGAUUGUAUUGGUGAUGUAGCUGAUGAUCGUGAACAAAUACUUGCUAGUUUUGAAGAUUCAGGGCCAGAUCCCGGUGUGCCCGUCAUUGAACCACGUUGGCAAUGA